AAAGUAAAAGAUAAAUUGACUGACAUCUUGACAAACGUUUGACAGCGUAUUCGGCCUCGAAUGGUUUUCCCCAAGAUAUUUUUUACCGAGAUUUCUGCGUAAAAAUUGAAAACAAUGCAGCAGAUAACAGUAUUUAUGGAUAUCGAGAGCUCACGUUCUUAUAUUGACGAGUUGUACUCUUCGGAUGAGUCCAAGGUUAUAGAGGCGUUGGUGACCCUGAAGAACUCUGUGAUCGGCAGCAAUCGGCAGAAGAGCUCCGUCAUACAGCAAGGAGUUGUGCCUCGCCUUCUUCAGUUGAUGUCAGACGAGGCCCUCGAUCCCAACAUAAGACUUGAGGCUACAAUCAUAAUUGGGUCUCUAGCCAAAGGUACUCCUGAGAAUGUAUCGGCACUAGUAGAUCAAGGAGCUGCAACGGCACUAGUGGAAUUACUAAAGACAGUGCCGGUGACCGCAAAGCUGGCUGAAGCUGGGUUGUGUGCACUUCGCAGUGUGUUCUUACAUCCGCCGGCACCGGUUGCUGCACUACCAGCGGAUAUGAGGCUCCUGACGAAGUUGACACAAAUCGCCCGAGAAGGUUCACCCACAGCCCGUUGCUGUGUUGUUCGGAUAUUGUCAAUAUGGUGCGGGGGCACACUGGAGCAAGAAGCACUGUGUGCGGCUGGGGCAUGUUCAGCCAUCGCUGCGUUGUUGUCCAAUGGAAGGAAUGGCCCUCCGGUAGCUAGAGCCACUCCUGCUUUAGAACUCCUGGCUAACAUGUGCUUUGAGAACAGUAAUGUGGCUCAUGUAGCAUUAAAUACCAAACACGGCGACAACUGCAUCCCGUCGCUGCUGACGCGGCUGGUGUCGCGCGACAAGCCGCUGGCGGUGUCGCUGGGCGCCGCGCGCUGCCUCACCUUCAUACACCGCGCGCACCAGCUGCCCGCUAGAGACCCCAAAGUGGUGUUCGGAGCUUUGCCGUGUCUAGCGCGUCUGUGCACGAAGGAAAUGCCGGAAGAAAUUCGAGCUAAAGCUGCUGAAACUUUAGCAUAUUUAGCGGAGGUAGACACAUCGCUCCAAAGGCUGGCGGCGAUAUCAAACCACCUGAUGAGUUCCCUGGCCGACAUCGUGAACUGCCCCUCGGCGGCCGCCAAACAAGGCGCCUUCAAAUGUUUCGCGUCUUUAGGCGCCAAUGACGAGGACAUCAGAAAGAGGAUCAUCGAGACGCACGGACUUAUGAUGCAUAUCGUUAGCGGGAUGAACAAUCCAGAACCUUCUAUCAGAUUGGCAGCAGUCAGAUGUCUACACUCGUUGUCUAGAUCAGUUCAACAAUUACGGACCACCUUUCAGGACCACGCGGUGUGGCGGCCGCUGAUGCAGCUCCUCAACGACUCGCCGGGAACUGAACUCUUGACCGUGGGGUCGUCGACCUUGUGCAAUCUGCUUCUCGAGUUCUCGCCAGCCAAAGAGCCAAUGUUAGAUCAAGGUGCCGUGGAGAUGCUCUGCAACCUGACAAAGAGGCCUGAAGCGGCGUUAAGACUGAAUGGCAUUUGGGCGCUGAUGAAUAUGGCCUUUCAGGCGGAACAGAAAGUUAAACAGCGCAUCUUAUGCUGCCUCGGUACCGAACAAAUGUUCAGACUGCUCGGGGACAGCGACACUAGAGUUAUCAUGAAAACCCUGGGUUUGCUGAGAAACCUAUUGUCGACGAGACAACAUAUUGACGCGAUCAUGAGCGAGUACUCUUCGCAAAUUAUGCAGGCUGUGAUAGUAGUUCUGGAAGGCUCGUACCCCGCGGAGGUGAAGGAGCAGGCGCUGUGCAUUCUGGGCAACAUCGGCGACGGGGAGAAGGCGCGCGACUGCAUCAUGGCCAACGAGGACGUGCUCAGGAAGCUCGUCGACUAUCUGGCCCACCCGGAAAGCAAGCUACAAGAAGCGGCGUUGUUCGUAGCCAGUAACCUCGUGCGCGGGAGCGAGACGGGCGCGCGCGCGCGCCAGGCGCGGCUGGCGGAGCUCGGCGUGCUGCGCGCGCUCGCCGUGCUGCGCGCGCGUCCGCUCGCGCAGCAUCUGCACGACAAGGUAAAGACUGCUCUGGCUCAGUUCAAUGAGUUGACAUAAUACAGCCGCGGCCGACGGCGCAAGCGCGCGAAACGAUAGUGACUCUAUACCAAUGUGAUGAUACAGUGAGUCGUAACGAUAAGUAAUGUACAUAGCUAGGUCUCAACGUUGUUAUCUGAGGAUUCAAAUAAUUUAUUUUAAUUUAUCAUGUUUUUUUUUUCAUUUAGUUCUUUUUUUGUAAUUGCGAAAGUAGGGUGAAUGUUUUGAACGCGAAUGUUGUCCAUGAAAUGAGCGUUUUUGUGUAUGGUGCAUCGCUCUAAUAAGGUCCAGUUUUAUAGGUUCAUAUACCACGUCUAUCUUACGUGUGCAUCUUUGAUUGGUGGUUAUAAAUUUGUAGACAUUCCGUCGAUAGGUCCAAAUAGCUUUUUAACAAAGUUUGCAGCAUAUAACACAAUUUAAUGACAAAAAUGACGUGUUGCGUGUGGAUCCGCCCUAGAAUAUGUCUACUCUACAUUCUGCCGUGGAUGUCGUUUGAAGCUACUAAAGGCUUUGGCAGUUGGUAGACAACAAUAGCAUUCCCAAGGAGGGUUGACGUCAGAGAGAGACAAGUGAUGUAUAUAAUAAGUUGAAAAAGAUGUCUGAAACAGACUUCCUGUAUGACCUGGGCCUUAUUACGUGUUUAUAAUUAUUCGCGUCUAUUACAUUGUGAUCUGAUCAUGCGCUUCUCAGUUUGGACUAAUUCCCACGACGGAGGUGCUAACCCCUCGCUAAAUAAUAUUUUUCAGUCUAGAAAAUGUAGUUAAACUACACUAGCGUAAUUUAUUAAUGUUGUUGGCUAAUGGAUAAAGAAACGUUAUUAUGCCAUUGUCACUCGAAUCAUGUUGGAAAGAGAGGGGGAAUCAUUUUUCCCGCGCUAAAGGGUAUUUUGGAGCGCGGAAUUAUUAUUAUAUACAAUCGUGUCUUUAUCUAUUUAUAUUAAUGAUAUGAAAUACGCUGGACAACAUCUAUUGCCAAUAUUAUUAUUAUCUUCCAUAAAUGUAUAUUUUAUGUCUAUGUAAUUUCAUUUAUUAAAAUUUUGGAUGAUCGAGGACUUGAAAGGCUCAAAAAUUAGUGGAAUGAAGGCAUGUGUCCACUUAGCAAGAAGACGAAACAUAUUAAGGUGUCUCGCUCUUUUCUAUUGACUCAAGUGAAUCUCACUCAAGUUCAUUGAAUUAUUCUCACGCAAUUGAAGUUUAUUUCAUGUAUUUUCUGUAUUAUUUUUUCAAAUAAAAUUGUGAAUUUAUAAUCGAAUAAUUCGAAUAGUCAAUGCAUUUGAUUUAACUUUUUCGAUUAAGUUUUUCAAUGAAAUCAGAAACUGUUAAAUCUUUUUAAGCCUAUACAGAAAAUGUAUGAAAUGGAAAAUAGCUUGAGAAAUCCACUGAUAUGAUGAUCGUCAAUUUUUGUCAUAUAUGCGUCUUUGUUGUUGAGUAGUUUUUGGAAUAUUUUGGUACGGGGAUAAAAUUUAAAUUAUCCAACUAAUUUCUAAAUAAAAAUUGUAACAAGGCGAGGAAAACGUUGAGAAAGGAAUUCAGCUUACAAACAUUGUAUUUCACAUCUCACUAUAAAGUCGAUACGAAGUGAGACGCAGCGAACCAAUCAAAACAAUACAGUGUGCUUGUCGUUGCGUCACAAUGGCACACUGUGAUUGGUUAGCUGUGUCCUGCAUCUCACUGCGAAUCGACUCAAUGGUAAGAUGUAAAAAAAAAAGUCGUUAUACGCACGCAAUAAAUAAUAAAUACGCACGCUGAUGGAAAAAUAAUAAUAUCUACGGCGAGUACAUAGACUAAAACUAAAUUCGAUAUUAUGUAUAAUGAUUUACUGAGGCUUAUUUCUCAAUGGGCCUAUUGUUAUUUAAUUACUUUGUGAUUAUGAUAUUGAAGUACGUAGCGAACAUUAUUUUUAUAUACAUUUUGAUUUUCCUUUAAUAAAUCACCGUUCAUUGUGUAAUGUUUAUAACAUUUAAAUACUCAUAAAUAAGGAUUUUUUUGUUUAAAGUAAUAUUGACAUGUGUACUUACGUAAAUUGAAAUAUACCUAUAUUUGACGAUGUGGUUUAUUUUUUGUUGCAAAUUAAUUAAUGCAUUUUUGAUUGAUGUCUCCAAAUGAGUGUUCAAAGGUUGCUGCAGACAGUUGGUGUUUUUCGCCGGGGAAACGUAUAUAUAGAAUACAAUUAAUAGUAAUCUUCAUAAUGAAUUAAACCAGGUUAGAUUCGUCUGCAUUUGCCUUAUUAGUGUAUGUUCUGACUUGAAAAUAUUUAGUAAUUAUCAAUACAAAAGCCUUUAUUUAUUUGCAAGUAUUUUUGUGAUUAUUUGAUUUUAUUUCUUCAUCACUAUAAAUGAGUAUUCUUGCUCUAAAAUGUGCUAGGAAAGGAGACAGGAAUAACUUUCUAGUCACAAAAAUACGAAUAUCAUGGUUACUGAGAUAUUUUCUGUGAUUUUUCUGUAUUGCUUCUGUAUGUAUAUUCGGACAUGUCUCUCGAUAUUAUGCAUUACUGAAAGAGUUGUCAACAUUUUUCAUGUUAAUACAAACGAAUGUGCAAGA